AUGGUUCAGAUAUUUGGGAUUGCUUAUUUGUCUGCUUCAACUAUGAUUUUUCGGCGAUUACCGAACUACUUUCACUAUGGAGGCGAACGUCUGAUAGAUUCUAAUCUUCGGAGUAAAUUUGAGGUUUGGAUUGGGAUUUGGGUUUCACCGUUUAUAUUUCUUGCAUUUAUUAUGGCGAUUGUUUUGAACCGAUGUAUUGUAUAUGCUUCUGUGAGAAGGCCUGUUUAUUUGAAUUUUUGGAAACGCUUGUUGUUGCGGUUUAUGCCAAUUAUUUUGCUAUCCAAAGCAUCAUGGUCAUUACUUUCGUAUAUUAAGUUUAAAAAUGAUCCGAUUGCGAGAUAUAUUCCUAGAUUUAUUGUUCCAUAUGAAACUCCAUAUAUUCUUUGGUCUACAUAUAAAAUUAUAUGUUUUGUGACAUUUAUGAAUACAUUGAUUGCAUCACUACAGAUGCGUCUUCCUUUGAAUGAUCAUGGAAUGACUAUUUUUGAAUAUGCCGUUUCCUUUACUGAACUUAACUUUUCUACGCCAUCUACGGAAAUGAUUUUUAUCACCUUUUUGUCAGUCUUUGGAAUUCUAUUGACACAGUUUCUAUGUCUUUUCAAUAUUGAACGUUUUAAAUUGAUCUCUUCAACCAUUAUAGGUUGUAGUUUUUUAUCUUAUUUUUCAUGGAGUAUUUAUAAUGGUCGAGGUUUAUAUUUUUCCACAACUGUUUGUGUAUCAUUUAUACCUCAUUUAAUUACUAUUUUUGUUAUCGUUGUUUCUUUAAUGAUAUCUCUGAUAGUGCGGUUGAUUGUUAACCAUUCAUCUAAUUUAAGAACUGAUAUUUUUAAUGGGACAAUUUUUGUUGGGAAUAAUCUUGGUCUUGAUAUGAGCGAUGAUUUUUUCGGUUUGCUUUUGAAAUUUGGGAUGAUAGCUCUUACUUCUGCACAAGAAGCUGUUUUUCUUAAUGAAGUAGAGGAGAUUAAACUUGUUGAAAAAACAUGGAUAGAAGAAUCCGAUGAAUAUUUAACAAAUGUUAAUGGAUUUUCGAAAGAACGAAAGAAUGUUGAAUAUAAAAAUGGGAAACAAAAAGACACUAAUAGGUAUCGUGUUUCAAGGUGGCAGCCUACUAUUAUGCUUUUAACAAAAACUAUUUUAACUAUAAAGGCAUUAGUUCUCUGGAUUAUCCUUGUUUUAAAAAAGGGAAAGAUACCUUUCUAUGAAGAACAUAAUCAAGAUAAUCAAGAUAGUACUUUUCUUUAUGAUAGAUUUAUUCGAGGGUACGAAAUAUCAGAGAAUGAAAGUGAUGAUUCUGAUUUUAUACCAUCUCCUUCAAUUCAUAGUAGUGAUGAUAUUGAUUGGAAAAAUAAUGAAAAUAUAGAGACAUGUUCACAAGAGAGUUCGAGUGAUGAUAAUGGGGAAAAUUUUUAUGCAGAAAAGACAUUUUCUGAGUUAUUUCCGAGUUUACGAAGUUUAGCACCCUUUAUUUCGCCUGAACAUGAAGAGUCUCGUAUUUUGCAAUCACAUAUGACAUCACAUAUGGUAGUUACAAGAUCAAAAUAUCGUGAAAUUUUGCAUUCUAAACACGGAUCUGACGAUAUAAAAAGGCUUUUAGAAACAAUAAAGGAUCGUAGACAAGCUAUGAUGGAAUUGAUGAACAGCUCAAAGGAUAAAAAUAUACUUCAAACAAGAACAUGUGUAAUAUGUUGUUGUAGUACAAGGAAUAUUGUUUUAUGGCCAUGUCGUUGUUUGGCUUUGUGUGAUGAUUGUCGAAAAACAUUAGCAAUGCGUAAUUUUAAAGAAUGUCCUUGUUGUAGACAGUUAGUAAUAAGUUAUAGUAGAAUUUGGAUUCCAUAA